UCCACUGCAGUAGUAGAUUCAUCAGACUUCAUACCUAGGAGAUCAAGAAGGAGCACUCAUCGCAAACACGUCGGCCAUAGAACGGAGCUAGGGACCUUCACCCACAAACCCUCCCAAUGGGACGCAGAAGAGGUAUCUCAGUUCCUUCAGCUCCAAGGAUAUGGCCAGUACUCCGAGUCUUUCUCAAACAACGAGAUCGACGGACAGAGCAUGUUCCUACUACGUGAGCAUCACCUCAUGGAGAGGUUCCAGAUGAAACUAGGACCAGCCCUCACUUUAAUUAACAUCAUCAGUCGUCUUAGACACCCGCCCACGAGUUGAAACUAUUUUCUGUAUAAAAGCCACACCAACCCAAAUAGUACAUUUUCCUUUCACUAAAACCUUUUCUCUCUCUUCCUCCCUCUCUCUCUCUCUAACAGCCAAUCUUGACACUGUACACGUAUAAUUAUUACAGGUCCUACUAAAAAAGGAGCAUGUUUACUUAUGAAACGAGAGUUUUGAAAUAAUGUGGUACAAAUGCAGUAUCCCACCAACCAGCAACAUGUGUUUUAUGUAAUUUAUUAUUAUUAUUAUUAUUAUUAUUAUUAUUAAUAUGAAAAGUUCUUUUUCUUAUACAGAUUGUCACUUUGAUGUAUACCUUAUGAUUUUUGUUACCACUGCACUGUACAUGUAUAUUGUUUUAUGAUGAUGAUGCUCUUGUUUUA